UGGUAACCAUUUCAGUUUGCAUUAAAUUUGUGCCCAUCUUUUUGUACAAUAAACUGAAUAAACGCAAACCUAAAAAAUUGACUUAAACUUGGAACAACUUUAAAUCGUGUUUUCGUUUUCGUGUGUGUUGACCGUGUUUCCAUCAAUGAUGCAAAACUGAGUUUUGCCGCUUUUCACUUCGAAUUCCAAUUUCAUCAUUAUCCAUAAAACAUCAUAAUCACGUUUUCAUUGAGCAAAACAUGUCGACCUUAUUGAUUAAUUUCAAGUGAAACCGCAACAUGGAAAAAUGUUCAAUUUUGUCUUCUCUGAAAUUUCAAUAAUUGAUUGAAAAUUAUCACAUUUUCUGGUGGCAAGUUAAUCAGUGCAAGGCAAGAGUAGUAGCUGCAAUCAGAUUAGAAUGAGAAACUUUUGCUUUUAUUUUUUGGAGGAAAAAAUUUUUCUCCAAUUCUGAUUGUUCCAUUUGAUUGAUUCCAUUGUAUAAAAGGAUAAUAUAAAAGGUCAACAAUUUUGUGCUGUGAGUUUGUCAAUCAAUGAGUGCAACAAUUACCACAUUUGGACAUCACCAUUGACCAUCAAUAACAUUGUAAAUAAUCGAGUGCAAGAAAAAGGAAUGAAAAGGGAAAAGUUCAACAAUCAACAGGAAAUAGAAAUGUGAUUCUUUACGAAUCCAAUUUAUCCUCAUCAUGAAAGUCAAUCAUUAAUAUCAAUUUUUACUUUUAGUCAAUUUCAAUUUUUCGAGUUGCCUUUUAGCUUGUUGCUUGCCACUUGAUUCAGUUGAACGCUUGAACGAAAAUCAAUUUUUAGUUUUUCCUUCAUUUUCUGUGGUCAAAAAAAAGGAUCAGAAGAAGAGAGAAAGUUUUCUUCUUCUUUCAUCCAAAACCAUGAAUCCAUGUUUUCAAUCAACAAUAGGAAUACCAAAUACUCAUCAAACGUUGACAAUAUUUUUAUGGUCAAUUUUAAUGGCCUCGUUUCUCGACGUUUGCCUCACUCAUCGUUCCCAUCAUUAUACUUUUUUUCAAAGUGAUUCACCUUCACCUUCCAAUGUUGAACCGCCAAUUUACGCAUCUUACACUACACCCAACAAGAGCAUCAACUUUACCCAUCUAGUUGUUGAUCCAGUCACUGGUCGACUUUACAUUGGUGCAACCAAUUGGAUUUACCAAUUUUCCGAUGACCUUUCCUUGGAGGUAAGCCAAAGAACGGGUCCAAUCGACGAUAGUCCCUAUUGUUCACCUUCAGAUUGUUCAGCAGUUGAAAGUGUGGCAAUCAAGGCAACCAACAAUGUGAAUAAAGUUUUACUUCUUGACCCCGAGUCAAGAAUGUUGAUUGCCUGUGGUUCGGUUAGGCAAGGUUCAUGUCGUCGUCACCGUAUGGAUGACAUUAGUCGAGCCGAGUCACUGAUUGAGGUUCCAGUGGCAGCCAAUGAUGAAAACUCGUCGACUGUAGCCUUUGUGGGUCCAGCCUUUUACUAUGGAGAAAAGGGUGAAUCGGUGCUCUAUGUGGCUGCAACCUACACUCGACUUGGACCCUAUCGUGAACUUGUUCCCGCCAUAUCAUCUCGUUCACUGGAACCCGGUCCAAGGUUGUUUACCAUAAUUGAAAAGUCUUUUACCGAUUCGGGUAGAGUAGACAUUUCAUCGCACCUAAGAGACUAUUUUCUGGUCAAAUAUGUUACCGGUUUUGCAUCUGGAGACUUUGUCUAUUUUGCCGCUGUCCAGCGUAAAUCGUCUCUCAGAGCUCUUGAAGAGUGGGGCUACGUGUCUAGGUUGGGUCGAGUGUGUGCCUCUGAUGCUGGCUUCCAUUCGUAUUCAGAGAUUACCAUUUCAUGCAUUGAUCCACACACUGGAAUAGAUUACAACCUUCUCUCGGGUGGUUCAGUUGUUCGUGCAGGUCACAAUCUGAUUGACUCUUAUCGACUGCCCAGAGGUACCCAAGUGUUUAUCGGUGCCUUUGUCUCUUCGCGUGAUCACACCACCCGACCCUCGGCCCAUUCAGCAAUCUGUAUAUUCCCAUUGCCCUUGAUUGAGGCUAAAUUUGCUGAAAACAUUCACCUUUGCUACAAUGGAUCAGUUUUAUCACGAAACAUGGAUUACAUUGCAGGAAGUGUCAAUGAAUGUCCAGAAACUGGGAGAGCCGGAAAUAUAUUAAACUUUUGCAACGAAGCAGUCAAAUUGAACGGAACCUUGCCUUUAACAAGUAAACCUGUCAUCACAUACAACAAUACAACUUUAACCGGAAUAACUGUAACCACCAAUGAACAACAUACAAUUGCCUUUCUCGGAACUUCAUCCGGUCAUCUUAAAAAGGUUCUCAUAUCAAGUUAUGAUGCUGGCCACGAGUUUGAACAAAUUGUGGUCGACAAAGGAAAUCCAAUCAUCAAAGAUAUUCAUCUUGACCAUACUCAUAAGUUUGUAAUCACCGCAACGCCUUACAAGGUUGCCAAAGUAAAAGUUGAAAGAUGUCAACAUUAUAAUAGUUGUAGUUCAUGUUUAAACUCACACAAUCCUUAUUGUGGUUGGUGUUCACUUGAACGAAGGUGCACUUCUCGAAGUGAUUGUGAUGAUAAUAGUAAUUGGUCAUUGACCGAGAAAAUAUUUACUUCACCGCGUUGGCUUCCGUUGGGAACAUCUCAGUGUAUUGAGUUUGAAGAGGUUCGUCCAAACUCAUUGCCUUUCACUGCCAUUUCAAAUGUUGAAUUGUACAUCACGCAACUUCCUCCUUCGCCUUAUCCAGCAGCAUAUUUAUGCCUUUUUGGUGACUCAAGUACACCUUUACCAGCUCGUCAAACUCAUACCGGCCUUUCAUGUCGAACUCCUCCAAUUGAAGAGAGACCUUCUAUUCCACCAGGAAAAGAUCAUGUCUUGAUCAACCUUUCCGUGCGAAGUACCGUUACUCAGAAAGAUUUUAUAUCCAAACCUUUCGUUUACUAUGAAUGUAGUGUUCACAAAACAUGUCGAUCUUGUGUUAAAGCAAAGUGGCCUUGCAAUUGGUGCAUCCAAGAUAAUCAAUGUACACAUAAUGGUAGUCUAUGUUCAGGUCAUCAUGUGCUGUCCAAUGAAAAUCCCUCCAUUGGUUCAUCGUCUGAUCUUUCGUCUGAAUAUUGUCCAAGUUUUCGAAUCGAUCAUGAAAUUUUAAUUCCAAAUGGUGCUAAACGUGAGAUAACAAUUCAUGUGCAAAACUUUGGCAAUCAAAUGGCCAAUCUCGAGUGUAUCAUUGAAAUCGAAGGAGCUCGAGCAAGAAUUUCUGCCAGAUUAAAAGGAGACAGAAUAAUCUGUGCACCAAAUAUGUAUACAUAUCAAAGUGAUGUUGGUAAAAUGUACGCACAAUUAUCAGUCCUUUGGGAUGGAGAUACUUUAAUAGAUAAAACAAAUGUUACACUGUACAAAUGUGAUCUUCUUGGAAGCCACCUGAGCAAACCCGAUUGUUCCCUGUGCCAAACAAGUGACAGAAAAUAUCAAUGUGUCUGGUGUUCAGGUUCCUGUUCAUUUGUAGAUGCAUGUAUGGAGUCCCCUGCGCCUUCCUGUCCACCACCCAGGAUAGAUUUGAUUUAUCCACUUUCUGGUCCAAUCGAGGGAGGAACUUUGGUUACAAUUAAAGGUUCCAAUCUUGGGUCGAGUGUUGAUGAAAUUAAGGAUAAAGUCGCCAUCGGAGGAAUCCCUUGUACUCCGGUUGAGUAUAACGUCUCUGUCAGAGUUGUAUGUCGAACUGGUCCCAGUCCAACUGGACCUUAUUCAGCCAACAUUGUUGUUGGUAAUCGAGCUGGAGUGACAAGAGCAAAUGAAAAUUUCGUUUACAAGGCUGUUCAAUUGAUGGACGUUAAUCCUAAGGUUGGACCUCAAUCUGGUGGAACUCAUCUUUACUUGGCUGGUUCCAAUUUCAAUAUUGGAUCAAACAUUGAAAUCUAUCUUGAUGAUAUGCCCUGUGAUAUAAAAAAAUCCAUGAUUGCCAAUCGUCAGGUUACAUGUCGAACUUCACCUUCUCUGACUGCUCCUUAUUGGGUUCAAAAGUUAACCCUUCUUCUUGAUGGUGCCAACCUAACCUUACCACGCCCUUAUACUUAUGGCAAAGAUCCAACCAUUCAUUCCAUUUAUCCGAACAAAAGUUAUAUCUCAGGUGGACGAUUAAUCUAUGUCACUGGAAAUCAUCUAUCUUUUAUCGCACAACCUCGAAUGAUUAUUAAACAUUCAUCCAGAAUUAUUGGCAAAAGUUUGUGUCUUCCAGUCAAUGAUACUCUUAUCAAAUGUCCCGCUCCUUCAAUUAAACCAUAUCUCGAGUCAUUUGCUGGACCACAAGCUACUUCAUCAUCAUCUUCAAUGACUGCUCCAUCUUCUGAGACUGGUUUCGAUUCCUCUACAACAACAUCCAAUGAAUAUUCUCGUUUGAUCUUGUCACCUUCACACCAUGAUCUUCCUAGAUCUGAUCAUCUCCAUGCUCGUCCUCAUCUUCAUGGUCAUUCCUCUCAUGCUCAUCUCAUUUUUGAAAUAGCCUUUGAAAUGGAUUCGGUUGAAAGUGUCACUAAUGUCCGGGAUAAUUUUCCGUCCGUUGAUUCAAGCCUCCAUUAUGUACCUGAUCCAGUUUUCCGGUCAUUUGACAACGAUGGUAUCAAAUUGUAUACAGGAGAAUCUUUAGUCAUCGAUGGAGAUAAUCUGAGACUGGCUGCAUCUGAAACUGACGUGAAUGUUACUAUUGGCAAUCGACCAUGUAAUUUAACAUCACUAACAAUGAAUCAGUUAGUUUGUUUACCACCAACCGAGGCUUAUGCUAUGAGCUCAUAUACAGAUUUAUUUGGUCGAUCAACUGAAACCAACUUACCAGUAGUGGUGGUUGCAAUUGGUAACAAUAUAAGGAAACAGGUUGGCUUUCUUCGUUAUGAUGCCAACUCUACUCACGAAGUUCCAUUCAUGUUUAUUGGUUUAACAUCAGCAGCUGGUUUACUGCUCUUACUUUUCAGUUUAGCAAUUUUGGCUUUUAUUCGUAAUAGAUCGUCCAAUGUUGCCAAAGAAUCGGUUGAUCUCAAACCACGAUCACUUGGUCCUGCAAUUGGUUCCCAUCCAUUACCCACAACUAUUCCAACACCCAUCUAUUCAGCUCGUCCACCAACUUCACUAUCAACAGCCACUACAAUGAUUGCCGGUGCUAGCUGCUCAACUCGUACUUUGAAUCGUGCUCAUGCUGACCAUAUUUAUGAAUCCAUCGACAAUUUACCAGCAAUUCGGUAUUCAUCCAAAGUCAAUCUUGAUUAUACUUAUUUUGGUCACCCAGCCGUCAAUUACAUACGCCGAGUUUGAUGAAAACCUAAACAAAAAACCUUUUGUUUCCUAUUUAAUCCCGAUUCCAGUAGAGUAUAAAAUACUCAUUUCUUGGUAACCAAUUAUUACAUUCACCAUGGCAACUCAGAUAUUUUUCAACUUGAUAGGGACAUUUGGUUACAAUCGUCUCCAAUCAAUGUUCUGAUUUAUUAUAAACUGGUGCUGGAAAUGUUAACUGGACAUAUCAGGGUAACAAUUAUUUUACAAAAGCUGUAAAAUCAAACAUUUGAUGAUUAUUCAAAUUAUCUGGAAUUUUAUAUGGAAAUACGUUUGCCAAUGGAUAAUUCAAUUCUGAAUAUUCCAAAACUAAAGAGAUGAUAUCGGGAUUAAAUGGAAACUGCCAACAUGAAGAUGAAAAUGGUGAAUUGAAGCUCCUUGGGAUUCAAAUGGAUGAAAAAAUAGCCGCAAAAUGCUUGAAUAUAUGUACAUUGUUUAAACCAAAGUCUAUUUUGCAUUAACCAGAAAAAUGGAAUGACUAUUUCAUCUUGAAUGUUUAUAAUCCUUUUUCGCCGAAUUUCUUUUGCUGCCUCUUCAAUCAUUCUAAUCAUCCUCAUCAUCCUCAUCAUUUUCACUUUUUACUCUAAAUUAUACAAAGUCAAUUUAAAAGUCAAUCAAUUUGUUUCAUCAUCAUUCAUUGUUGAUGUAAUUUAUAUUGUAAACUAAAGUCAAAGAAAAAGAUGAACUGUGAUUGUUUAGAUAAUUCAAUAAUUUACAAUUAUAUCUUCCUUGUAUCUAAAGGAAUCCCUUUUCCACAUUCAGUCUUCGUUUUUUCUUAUCUGUGAGAAGGUUCAUUGUUACCUUCAUCUCUUUUCUUGUCUGUCAAAAAAACGAAAAAACAAAUCAAUCCAAGUGUAAAUAAUUGUACAUAAAGUUGCCACAAAUAAUGUAAUUAAUAAAUACAAAGACAAACUGAUUAAAAAGUUUGCUUUUUGAAGAUAAAAAAUUUGAUAUUUCAACAAUUCUUCAUAAUCCAUGAAACCGUAAAUCAGUUGAAUCUAGUCUUUGGCAAAAAUCUUCCUAUCACAUUUCAAGAUUGGCCGUCGAUACUUUGAAUCAAUCAUGUAAUAAUUAAGUUAAACAGUUACAAAAUAAAUGAGUGUAAAGCUUAGCGCAAGAGUACUGGAAUUAAAUAUCAACAAGUUUUAGCUAUGAAAUUGCUAGAUUUUAAUUUCGUUUCAGAGCGGCUUUUCUUUAGACCCAAUUUCAAUAUUAUAUUUUGCUUCAUUCACGAGAUAUUUAUUCAUGAAAACUGCAACUUUAUUCAUUUCUCUAUUUUUCAAUAGAAUGGACGAAAGAAUUGCUGUGAAUGAAUAAAGUAAUAUUUUAUUGCUAUUUAAUAUCUUGAGUUUUAAUCAUGGAAUGAUCAAUUUGUUAUGACCCAAACACAAUAAUCACAAAAUAGCCAGAAAUUGUCUAUAAAACAUGUCAACAGUUUGUUUAAAUUCAACCAAAAUAUCGUGCAAAACUACUCUGUAAUUAAAGACUGAUUCUGUUAAUGCAGUUGCUUUGCUGGUAAUAUCUUCAAGAUUACGAACUGUAGUCUGAGCUAAAAUUCUUAUUUUCUCCUUUUUUUCAGUCGAAUCGUAUUUCUUGACAUCACUUUGGUACAUUUUUAGAGAUGCAGACAACUUGGAUUUAACAAUGUUGAAAGAAGGAGAAUCGAUAACUUUGAUUUCUAGUAAAGCGUCUGGAGUGUCUUUGGUCAAAUCGGGUAACUUCAAGAAUUCAAACUCACGGUUAAAUGUUUCAGUCAAUGAAGCAAAUUCCGAUAUGAAACCUUUCAUUGUGUUGUCGUAAGUAUCGUCACCUAUCACUUGACUAUCCUCCAUCAAUUCAAGAUCAGACAAGAGGAUAGCGAAACCUUCAUGAACAA